AUGAUGUGCGAGGUGAUGCCCACCAUCAGCGAGGACACGGCUCUGAGCCAGCGCGGCUCUCAGAGCAGCUCCUCGGACCCCGACUCCCACUUCGAGCAGCUGAUGGUCAACAUGCUGGACGAGCGGGACCGGCUGCUGGACACGCUGAGGGAAACCCAGGAGAGCCUGGGACUGGCCCAGCAGCACGCGCAGGACGUGAUCUACGACCGCGACGCGCUGCAGCGCCAGCUCAGCUCCGCCCUGCCACAGGACAUCGGUUCUGCUACAGGUUCGCUCGCAAAUGGAGCUCGAGGUACUGAUGAGCCCGAAUUUGCGGCGCUGACCAAGGAGCUGAACGCCUGCAGGGAGAACCUGCUGGAGAAGGAGGAGGAGAUCUCCGAGCUGAAAGCGGAGAGGAACAACACCAGGCUCCUGCUGGAACAUCUGGAGUGUCUGGUGUCCAGACACGAGCGGUCGCUGCGCAUGACGGUGGUCAAGCGUCAGGCUCAGUCACCCUCGGGGGUCUCCAGCGAGGUUGAGGUCCUCAAAGCUCUCAAGUCCCUGUUUGAACACCACAAAGCCCUCGAUGAGAAGGUCAGGGAGAGACUACGGGUGUCACUGGAGAGGGUGUCCGCCUUGGAGGAGGAGCUUACAGCAAACAAUCAGGAGAUUGUGGCCUUACGGGAACAGAAUGCUCACAUCCAGAGGAAAGUGGCGUCCGGGGACGGAGGAGACGACCUCCUGGACGGAAGUGACGCUCAGCAGAAAGUCCACAGCAAGCGCCUGUCCAACGGCUCCCUGGAGUCGGCCCACGAGGCGAGUCAGGUGGUGGAGCUGCAGGACCUGCUGGAGAAGCAGAACUACGAGCUGGCCCAGAUGAAGGAGCGCAUGUCCUCGCUCUCCUCGCGGGUCUCCGAGGUGGAGCAGGAGCUGGAGACCGCCCGCAAGGACCUCAUCAAGUCGGAGGAGAUGAACAUCAAGUACCAGAGGGACAUCAAAGAGGCCAUGUGUCAAAAGGAAGACAUGGAGGAGCGGAUCGUCACGCUGGAGAAACGCUACCUGAUGGCCCAGCGCGAGUCGACCUCGGUGCACGACAUCAACGACAAACUGGAGAAUGAGCUGGCCAACAAGGAGGCAUUCCUCAGACAGAUGGAGGAGAAGAACCGGCAGCUCCAGGAGAGGUUGGAGCUGGCCGAGCAGAAGCUCCAGCAGACCAUGAGGAAGGCCGAGACGCUGCCGGAGGUCGAGGCUGAACUGGCCCAGCGGAUAGCGGCCCUCACAAAGGCGGAGGAGCGUCACGGGAGCAUCGAGGAGCGCAUGAGGCACUUGGAGUGCCAGCUGGAGGAGAAGAACCAGGAGCUGCUGCGGGCUCGACAGAGAGAGAAGAUGAACGAGGAGCACAACAAGCGGCUGUCGGACACGGUGGACCGACUCCUCACCGAGUCCAACGAGCGUCUGCAGCUUCACCUCAAGGAGAGAAUGGCAGCUCUGGAGGAGAAGAACGUGUUGAUCCAGGACUCUGAAGGUUACAGGAAACAGUACGAGGACUCCAUCCACGAAAAAACGCAUCUAGCAGAGGAGAUUGAGAAACUGAGAUCGGAGAUCGACCAGUUCAGACUGAGGACAGGUUCCCUCACAGAACCCAGCCUGUCAAGGUCUCAUCUGGACACGUCCACCGAGCUUCGCUUCUCUCUGGGAUCUCUGGCUGAAACCCAGUCGGACCACUACCGCUCGGCCAAGGUCAUCCGCCGGCCGAGGAGAGGUCGAAUGGGUCUGCGUGAAACCAAGGCCAAAUCCCUGGGCGAGCACGAGUGGCGCUCCCAGCAGCUCGGCGUUCUGGGCGGUCACCACUUCGAGAGCGACACCGAGAUGUCGGACAUCGACGACGACGACAGGGAAACGAUGUUCAGCUCCAUGGACCUGCUCUCGCCCAGCGGCCACUCCGACGCACAAACCCUGGCCAUGAUGCUGCAGGAGCAGCUGGACGCCAUCAACAAGGAGAUUCGGCUGAUCCAGGAGGAGAAGGAGUCCACGGAGCUGCGGGCGGAGGAGAUCGAGAACCGCGUGGCCAGCGUCAGCCUGGAGGGGCUCAACCUGGCCCGAAUGCACCACCACGGAGCCUCCAUCACUGCCUCGGCCACCGCCUCCUCCCUGGCCUCCUCCUCCCCACCCAGCGGACACUCCACCCCCAAACUCGACUCCCGGAGUCCUGCUCGGGACAUGGAGCGGAUGGGGGUCAUGACACUGCCCAGUGAUCUGAGGAAACACAGGAGAAAGAUCGCAGCGGUGGACGAGGACGGCCACGAGGACAAGGCCACCAUCAAGUGUGAGACAUCCCCCCCUCCAACGCCACGCACAGUCCGAAUGACACACACACUGCCAGCCUCCUCGCACAAUGACGCACGAGGGAUGGUGGCCUCCCUGGAGGCUGAGGCCAGCGCCCUGAGCAGCGUCGCCAGCAGCCAAGACUCCCUCCACAAGCAGCCGAAGAAGAAGGGCAUCAAGUCAUCCAUCGGGCGGCUGUUCGGCAAGAAGGAGAAAGGCCGGAUGGGUUCAUCAGCGACCAUGAUGGACCCGGACAUGGCCGGCCAGGACCUGGGCCUGGGGAAGCUGGGGACUCAGGCUGAGAAGGACCGCAGGAUGAAAAAGAAACACGAGCUAUUGGAGGAUGCCAGGAGAAAGGGUUUACCUUUCGCCCAAUGGGACGGCCCAACUGUCGUCGCCUGGCUGGAGCUGUGGUUGGGGAUGCCGGCGUGGUACGUGGCGGCGUGUCGAGCCAACGUGAAGAGCGGCGCCAUCAUGUCGGCGCUCUCCGACACGGAGAUCCAGAGGGAGAUCGGCAUCAGCAACCCGCUGCACCGGCUCAAGCUCCGCCUGGCCAUCCAGGAAAUGGUCUCCCUCACCAGCCCCUCAGCCCCGCCCACUUCGAGAACCGCGUCAGGCAAUGUAUGGCUGACCCAUGAGGAGAUGGAGACCAUGGCAGCCCCCUCUAAAACGGUCAACUCUGAAGAGGGCAGCUGGGCACAGGUACGAGAACCCUGUUUCUAUCAGACUCUGGCUUACGGCGACAUGAACCAUGAGUGGAUAGGGAACGAGUGGCUGCCCAGUCUCGGACUACCUCAGUACCGCAGCUACUUCAUGGAGUGCCUGGUGGACGCCCGCAUGCUGGACCACCUCACCAAGAAGGACCUGAGGGUGCACCUCAAAAUGGUGGACAGCUUCCACAGAACAAGUUUACAGUACGGAAUCAUGGGUCUGAAGAAGCUCAACUACGACAGGAAGGAGCUGGAGAGACGCCGGGAGCACAGCCAGCAUGAGAUGAGAGACGUGCUGGUGUGGAGCAACGAGCGGGUGAUCCGCUGGGUGCAGAGCAUCGGCCUGAGGGACUACGCCAACAUCCUACUGGAGAGCGGCGUGCACGGGGCCCUGGUCGCCCUGGACGACAACUUUGACUUCACCAGCCUUGCCCUGCUCCUCCAGAUCCCCAAUCAAAACACUCAGGCACGUCAGAUUCUGGAGCGAGAGUACAACAAUCUGUUGGCCCUGGGCACCGACAGGAGGCUGGACGAGUGUGACGACAAAGAUUUCCGCGGCCCCUCGUGGAGGCGACAGUUCCAGCCCAGAGACCCUCACGGUAUGUGUAUGAUGGCCGGAUCAGCAGAGACGCUCCCUGCCGGUUUCCGUCUCACCACGUCGGCUCACUCUCGGAGGCUGCCCCCUGAGGUCGGAUCCUCUACGGUGCAGCGGCUGGACACCUCCACGGUGAGAACCUAUUCCUGCUGA